AUGAAAUUCAGUCUCAUCAAAUAAUUUGAAGAUGUACAUAUUUUUCAUAAUCUAGAAUGAUAUGCCAUUUAAGAGAUCAAUGGAAACACUGUAAAUUAAAUAGGAUAGCUAUGUUUAGUUUUGCAACUUUGAUUGGAUCGCAGUUCAAAAAGACUCAGAUUUAACACUCUACAAAGAUGGAUUACAAGAUGUACCUCUCAAUUCAUUAAAAUAGGCUAAUGAAAUUGAUCUCACCCAAUUGUUUGGCAAGACUCAAUGUGGCAAAGUAUAGAUUCACUUUUUCAAGUUUGCCAAUGAAUAAUUUGAUUAAAAACAAAUGAUCCUCAUCGGAAAUAGUAUUUUAUCCUCUCUAAUUCAAAGAUAUUAUUAUUGGCUAUGACGUAUAAGAAUUACCAAAAACCUGCAAAUUUUAUAUGAAUGAUGAUUUCAGAGUCAGAAGGAAAUUAUAAUUCUCAGAAGUACAAAUACUUGAACAAGACUUCAAUUUAUAUAUUCUUACUGAUCAUUUCGAUCUAAUAACAUUAAACCUAACUAAUAAAGAUAAUAGAUUCAAUUAUCAACCUUUGGUCAAGAAGGGGAAUUUCAUCACCAAUUUGCUGUUUUAAAAUAAUUUAGAUUUCUACAUCCCAGAGGCUACUUUCAGGUUUUCAGUCUUUGAAGACACUCUCCUUAUCUUUCAAAAAACAUCAGCAAAUUAGAUUAAAUCUUACCAAUGCAGUUUGAACCCUUACAAUUUAAUAGUAUACAUAUCUAUCUAUUCUUCUAGUCCUAAUCACAACGAAAUUUCGUUUGCGAUGUCACUACUAUGAAUUGUUAAGUGACUAUCAAUAAUUUUCAUUUAUACAAAACUUCCAAAGGAAUCAAUUUGAUAUUCUUGGCAAUCAUAGAAAACAAGGAUUAAUUCGAAAGACAUAGCUAACUUAAAUUGAUUACUAAGGAGAUGGAAAUAACAGACCCAAAGGCUGAUUUUUCAAAUCUAGAUAGACUAAUCUAUGCUGAUUUGAAUGAAUUGCAACUGCAUGGAGAGAAACUUAAUUCCUUUUUCUUUUAGAAUGACUAAGAUCUUGUCCUCCUAUAUUCAGUUUUGGAUACUAAUUAUUAUCAUGAUAACUUAUGCACUUCUCUUAAAAACAAUAUACUUUUUAAAGGGAAUCUAUAAGGUGCUGGAAUUUCAGUAAACAAUGGAUUGUCUCAAUUGAAGGUCUGUUUUAAUGGGAAAAUACAUAUUGCAGGAGAAAAUUAGCAACAAUCCCCUAAACAAUUGUAAAAUUAUAAGAAUUAUCAUUUUUAAUAGAAUCACACAUUUUUAAGGAAGAUGCAUGAAUGAAAUCAUUUUUAAUUUAUUAAAAGAAGGCUUUAAACAUUUCUGUACCCACUAAAAUUAAAAUUCAGCAUUCUUGAAAUUGGAAUUUUAGGCAUUUUAAGAAUAAAUGAUAUGUUAAGUUAUUAAUUAAAUUGUUUGGGAUUUUAUGGAAGCUCCCAUUUCAAAAUACUUAGUUGUUGAGAAUUAAUUGAAAGAAAACCAACAUAAACUAGAAUAAUGGAGAUAAUACACAAAAACAGUGGUUAAAAAUCAAUAAAUCAUAUUAAACCUAAUUAGGUCUCAAAUUUGUUUAAGUGUUGGUGAAUAUAUUAGUAAAAAUGAAAAUAGUUUAUAAUAAUUAAUAUAAGAUUGUUUAAACAAAUGGUUAUUAUUCUCUUAAUUUGAAUACUAAUUUUAUUCAAAGUUGGAAGACCUUUAUACAAUACUUGAAUAACUUUUAAAACUUGAGGGUAAGGAAAACCAUUUGUUCAACAUUUUAACUAUUAUUUACUCUGGUAUUAAUGAAGCAAAAGAAAUCAAUAAUAUACAAUAUCCUAAGUUUUGGACGAAUGAACCUGAAUGGUUAGCAUUAAUCAUAAGAGCCUUAAAUAAAUUGAAGGAAUAACCAUAAAUAGCAUUUUUUUCAUUGUUUAAGUUUAUUAUAACAGACAUUUCUAUUGUGUUUGAGUUUGAAAGAAAAAUAUCUCCAUUGCAAUUUUAAGUCAUUUAUGAAUUCUCUAAUUAAAUUUCAAAGGAAGAAUUUUAGGAUAUUUUAAUUGAAAAUAAACUAUAUGAUAUAUUAUUUUAAUGCUAUUUACAGACUAGCUUAAAAUUAGAUAGAGUAUUUGAAUUAAUUUCUGAAGAUGAAUAAUUAUGUUAAAAUUUUGUUAAUUUAUGUUUGCAACAUGAAAACCAGAACAAUUAUCAAGAUUAACAUGAUUUAAAUAGAUAAAAUUAGAAUGAUUCAAAAAAAUUGUUUUAAAUUUUAGAUUAAAUUGAAGAAAAUAGUAAUAAAUUCAUAUAUAUAAUCGUUAGGAUGUGUAGAUCAAGUAUUAAAAUGUUUAUCAAAAUAUCCGAAACUAUAAAAUAUUCUAUUGAUUAGAUCGAUGAGAUUGGAAGAGAUUAAGAAUAUUCCAAUUACAUCAUAAAUAAAUGAUCCAAAUACUAAAUAUUAUCGUUUCCUGGUUGAUACAGGUUGCCAUAUUGUAGAUAAAAACAAAUCAUAGAUAGAAAUUGAAUAAUGA